AUGGGGAAGAGAAAAGUGAUGGCCACUGAUGUUAAUGAUGAAGAGAAAGGAAACAACAAUGUGGAUGAAAAGGCGGCGAUGGAUGCUAAUGUUGCUGCGGUUGCGGCGGCAUUGAGUGGAGGCCGUCGUGCGAGAAAACGAUUCGUGGGAGUGAGGCAAAGGCCGUCGGGGAGAUGGGUGGCGGAGAUUAAAGAUACGAUUCAAAAGAUUAGGGUAUGGUUGGGAACUUACGAUACUGCUGAAGAAGCAGCCAGAGCUUACGAUGAAGCUGCUUAUUUGCUUCGUGGAGCCAAUACUCGAACCAAUUUCUGGCCUUUUUCACCAUCUUCCAUUUCCAAACCAGCCCUGCCUUCUAAAAUCGCCAAUCUUCUCUUGCUCAGGCUCAAAGCUAGAAAUGAUGCUGCUUCUGCAUCUUCCAAUAUGCCUCCCAAUUUCCCUCUUAACCAACUAGACACCAUUUGCUUUGAUGAUUUCUUCAAUGUUCCUGAAGACUGCAGCACCUCCUCUAGUGAUUGCAUGCUGGAGAGCUUCGGCUCAACUUGUGCUGAUCCCAAAUCACUUCAUUUGGAGGAUAAUAAUAACGUUGAUGGGAACCCUGAUUACGUGGGUUCGAAACAAGACAUCGAUAUCAUGGAUUUCCAGUUUUUGGAUUCUUUUGGAUCGUCGUGUGAUUACCGUUCUCCGUUUGAGAUUGCGGAAGAAAUGGUGGAGCCAAUGGAGAAGCAGCAAGAAGACAUUAAUGGCGACGACCUUGAUCCCUGCAUGCUUAGAGAGACGAUGAAGAGAAUGAAAUAUGAACGGAAGUUCUCGGCAUCUCUUUACGCCUUCAAUGGGAUACCUGAAUGCUUGAGGCUUAAACAGCGUGAAUCAGAAAAUAAUCACAACAUCCAACAACAAUGUCAACCAUCUAAUCUCAGAAACAGUAACAGUUGUGAAAAUGAAAUGAGAUUGGAAUUCAAGGAAGAAGAUGAUCAAGGAAUAGGAUCUUCAUCAGCUUGUGAAAUGUGGAGCUUACCUGAUCUUCCUUCUAUCACCUUCAUCAAUUAG